AUGGCGAGCGCGCGGCCGCCGCAGGCGCAGCGCACGACCUGGUGCGCCGGCUGCGGCGCGUACCUGCUCCGCGAGCGCUUCGGCUUCCCCGCGGACUGCAUCCUCGUGCUCACGCAGGAGGACAAGGACCCUGCACGGGUGCCGACGCGGGCGAACCUGAUGCGCGCGCUGCGGUGGCUCGUGGACGGCACCAGCGCCGGGGACUCGCUGGUGUUCCACUUCUCCGGCCACGGCGUGCAGAAGCUGGACAGGGACGGCGACGAGGCGGACGGAUCAACGCCGCCAUCGUGCGCCCGCCCGCUGGGCAAGGGCGUGAAGCUGCACGCUAUCGUGGACACCUGCCACAGCGGCACCAUCCUCGACCUCCCCUACCUCUGCCGCCUGUCCAGGACCGGGUACUGGCAGUGGGAGAACCAGCAGACCCGCCUCUCCUCCGGCGAGACCAAGUGCACCGGCGGCGGCCUCGCCAUCUCCAUCAGCGGCUGCGGCGACAGCCAGACGUCGCAGGACACCACGGCGUUCUCCGGGUCUGCCUCCACCGGCGCCAUGACGUGCAGCCUCAUCAAGGCGGUGGAGUCAGAGCUGGGCACCACCUACGGCCGCCUGCUGACGGCGAUGAGGGCCACCAUCCGCGACAACGGCGGGGAGUUCGGCAUACCGGGCCCCAUCGGCACCUUCUUCCGCCGGGUCAUCACUUUCAGCUGCGCGCAGGAGCCCCAGCUGUGCGCUUCAGAAAUGUUCGACAUCUACAGGAAACCCUUUCUCUUGUGA